CCACCCCCAAGCCCAGCCCCGGGGCUCCCACCCUUGUGUACCUGGGCGGUUCCAUUCCCGGGAGUGUGCAGGGGGGUAGAAUGACCCAGAGAGCCACCGCUCACCAGGUCAGUUGUCCCCGGGAAGCCGAAGGCAUGAGCUUCGCCCAAGUUCUUUUUAUGGGUUAGAACUCCUCCAGAGCGGGGAAAAAGAACUUGGAAUAGGGGCGGGACGGAGCACGCACCCUUCUCCGCCUUGGUUCUCGCCGCGCCCCCUACUCUCGGGAUACUUGGGAGGGGACGCGCGGGCACCGUCGCUGCUAGACGGCCGCGAUGGCGCCGGCGGCCGGCGCGUGUGCUGGGGCGCCUGACUCCCACCCAGCUACCGUGGUCUUCGUGUGUCUCUUUCUCAUCAUUUUCUGCCCAGACCCUGCCAGUGCCAUCCAGGUGACUGUGUCUGACCCCUACCACGUAGUGAUCCUGUUCCAGCCAGUGACCCUGCCCUGCACCUAUCAGAUGAGCAACACUCUCACAGUCCCCAUCGUGAUCUGGAAGUACAAGUCAUUCUGCCGGGACCGUAUUGCCGAUGCCUUCUCUCCUGCCAGUGUGGACAACCAGCUAAAUGCCCAGUUGGCAGCUGGCAACCCCGGCUACAACCCCUAUGUGGAGUGCCAGGACAGUGUACGCACUGUCAGGGUGGUGGCCACCAAACAGGGCAAUGCGGUGACCCUGGGAGACUACUACCAAGGCAGGAGGAUCACCAUAACAGGAAAUGCUGACCUGACCUUCGAGCAGACAGCCUGGGGAGACAGUGGAGUGUAUUACUGCUCUGUGGUCUCGGCCCAAGAUCUGGAUGGAAACAACGAGGCGUACGCAGAGCUCAUCGUCCUUGAUUGGCUCUUUGUGGUCGUGGUCUGCCUGGCGAGCCUCCUCCUCUUCCUCCUCCUGGGCAUCUGCUGGUGCCAGUGCUGUCCUCACACCUGCUGCUGCUAUGUCCGAUGUCCCUGCUGCCCAGACAAGUGCUGUUGCCCUGAGGCUCUUUAUGCUGCUGGCAAAGCAGCCACCUCAGGUGUCCCGAGCAUCUAUGCCCCCAGCAUCUAUACCCACCUCUCACCUGCCAAGACCCCACCACCUCCGCCUGCCAUGAUUCCCAUGGGCCCUCCCUAUGGGUACCCUGGAGACUUUGACAGACAUAGCUCAGUUGGUGGCCACAGCUCCCAAGUACCCCUGCUGCGUGACGUGGAUGGCAGUGUAUCUUCAGAAGUACGAAGUGGCUACAGGAUCCAGGCUAACCAGCAAGAUGACUCCAUGAGGGUCCUAUACUAUAUGGAGAAAGAGCUAGCCAACUUUGACCCUUCCCGACCUGGCCCUCCCAAUGGCAGAGUGGAACGGGCCAUGAGUGAAGUAACCUCCCUCCAUGAAGAUGACUGGCGAUCGAGGCCUUCCAGGGCUCCUGCCCUCACCCCCAUCAGGGAUGAGGAGUGGAAUCGCCACUCCCCACAGAGUCCCAGAACAUGGGAGCAGGAACCCCUUCAAGAACAACCAAGGGGUGGUUGGGGGUCUGGACGGCCUCGGGCCCGCUCUGUGGAUGCUCUAGAUGAUAUCAACCGGCCUGGCUCCACUGAAUCAGGACGGUCUUCUCCCCCAAGUAGUGGACGGAGAGGACGAGCCUAUGCACCUCCAAGAAGUCGCAGCCGGGAUGACCUCUAUGACCCGGACGAUCCUAGGGACUUGCCACAUUCCCGAGAUCCCCACUAUUAUGACGACAUCAGGUCUAGAGAUCCACGUGCUGACCCCAGAUCCCGUCAGCGAUCCCGAGAUCCUCGGGAUGCUGGCUUCAGGUCAAGGGACCCUCAGUAUGAUGGGCGACUAUUAGAAGAGGCUUUAAAGAAAAAGGGGUCGGGCGAGAGAAGGAGGGUUUACAGGGAGGAAGAAGAGGAAGAGGAGGGCCAAUACCCCCCAGCACCUCCACCUUACUCAGAGACUGACUCGCAGGCCUCACGGGAGAGGAGGCUGAAAAAGAAUUUGGCCCUGAGUCGGGAAAGUUUAGUCGUCUGAUCCACGUUUUGUAUGUAGCUUUUGUACUUUUUUUUUUAAUUGGAAUCAAUAUUGAUGAAACUUCAAGCCUAAUAAAAUGUCUAAUCACAA